UGGUGCGCGUCCAUCGCAGUUUUUCACCAGUUCUUUGCUCAUUCUUGUAAAGUCGAAGUAAUUAUUCGAUUGAACGGCAUGGUGUGGGGACUCUCCCAUCACCCGCCGCGCUUCAUGGAUCCAAACAGCAAAAGUUUCCAGCCCUGGAGGGAUUAUAUGGGACUGUCGGACACAAUCAGAGAAAUCCUGGGUCGGAACACCGCUGCUGAGUCCUCCCUUCCAGAGUGCAAGGCUCAUCCCUCGCCGCCUGUUGAUUUGAGCAAAACUCUAAUGACCAUGCACAUUAACGCAGUCUGCCAGAAUGACACCGGAGAAGAGGCGUCAGGAGUCCACAUUGAAUACUCGCUGCCAGACUUAAUGGUACCUGAGCGCCCGGCCGACAAUUUCCGCUACGCAUUAAAUUCAUUCGGUCCUGAUGCGCCGCACGCAGGGGAUUUAAAGCCAGUGCCAAACCUGAUGAGUCCCAGGAGGCCAAAGGACCGCAAGAAGACGAGUCGUUUCAAAACUCCCGAGCCGCCAGCGUUGCCUCCUUCUUCUGAGCGCAUGUUCUGCAGCUUCUGCAAGCACAACGGGGAGUCUGAGCUGGUGUACGGAUCCCACUGGCUGAAGAACCAGGUAGGAGAUGUCUUAUGUCCCUACCUGCGGCAGUAUGUGUGUCCUCAAUGCGGAGCCACGGGGACCAAAGCUCACACCAAGCGGUUCUGUCCCAAAGUGGACAGCACGUACAGCUCUGUGUAUGUCAAGUCAAGACGCUGAAUCCACAGGUCGCAACAAGACACCGCACAGAAGACAGCAGCCAUUUUUUGAGUGUAUUAUUCGUAUUAUCAAUAUUGGCAUUAUUAUUUAAAGUGUGCUUUGUUGUGUUUUUAUUAUUUAGUCUUUUGCAUGUUUUGGCAUGUUUUCUGUAAGGCCUAUUGGGGUUGAUUUCCAGCUGGUGUUUUGCAAGCCUACUUUCCCAGCGUCUGUUUGGUGUUUGGAUUUUUUACUUUGAAGAACGACUGCCAGAUAUUAUGUUUGGGAGGAGAGUACGGAGGAAAAAAACAAGUUACAAAAGAAAGGUUUUGUUUUUAUGUACUUUUUAAAACUGGUGUCAAUUUUCAUAAUUCCUGUUGAUGCAUUUAAGGAUUCUAACACUCAAACCCAAGACCUCCACAGACAUCAGAAAUAACUUAAAUACCCUGCGUUAAUAUCAUGGGACUAUUUUAAUCUUUUAAUGUGUAUGUUUUUAUUUUUGGGUUCUAUUGGGAAAAAAAACAUUCCAGCGAUUUGUAGGGAAAAGAGAAAAUGAAAAUGUGAACGUUUGUAUGCUUAAAGUUAUAAAUGUCUAAAAUGGCUAAAUCUGUGUUUGCAUUCUCA